ACCUAGGUACCGACUGUCUCGUCAGGUCAAUCUUCAUUAAAACCCUAAUUUUCAUUCCAUUUUUCCACUUUCGGUUCAACCAGUUACAACGACCUCUCUCCCGGCGUCUUCUCCCGUUUCUCUCUCCCGUACGUCGUCUGUCUCUUCAAAGGUAAUUCCUAAUCCAAAUUCUUCAAUUUCUUCAAACAUUAGGUUCAAUUUCAUCAAAUACUCUCCUCAAUUCGUACAUUAGGUAUAAAUUUCCCCAUAUUCGUCCAAUUUUACCAAUUCUCUCAAAUCUCCAAAAAUGAGUGAAAUUGUUUCCAAUGUUCAAACCAAUGCUCAACCCGAUGUUCAAGAUGGGUUCAAGGCUUUCGUCGACCCACACAUCAUUGACGGGAGAACCCUAAAACAAGAUGAUAUCCCCGUUGCCGUUCUUGAACUCAUUCAAGAACAAGGUUGGAGUUUAUAUCUUCAACUCCAAGCCCCCGUUUACCCAGAACUUGUUCAUCAAUUCUAUUCUUCAUUGAAAUAUCAUCCACAAGACCCUUCCAUUACCGCCAUUGUAGUCGGCAAAACCUUCGGAUUCAACACCCAAAACCUUUCCGAAUGGUUUCACCUAGGGCGUCAAGGAGUCUCCACCUAUUGCAAAAAGGGGUGGAUUACCGACUCACGAGAUUUUAACUCUGAUUCUUGCCUCCGAGUGCUAAAUAACAUUGCCCUUGACCAUGUCUUUGAGGACCCGCACUACUUUCUUCGUAGGCCAAAUGUCCAAGACUUACCCGCAAAUAGGUUCAUCCUCCUUAAAAUCCUCAAAGACAAUGUCAUCCCGGUCCUUAACAAAGAUAACCAAGUUGGGGUUUAUGAAUGCACUCUCUUGUAUUGGCUCCUCACUCACAAGAAAAUCAAUCUUCCUUCCACCAUCCUUAAACACAUGCACGAAUGCUCCAAUCGCCUAAACAAACCCUGUGGCAUGCUUCUUACUCACAUCUUUGCCAAGAGGGAAAUUCAUGAGGUGCGCCCUUCUCGUGUCCGCUAUCUUGACGCGGAGUGCCUUGGCUAUUGUGGCCUUGUAAAGAUUGGAGAGGAGUACUACAUGAAGAAAGAGUUCAGAAAUCUUGAUGAGGCGACACGAGCGGAGUAUGGUCCUCGGCGUUCCAUGUCAUCUUUACCUUCCACUUCACGAGCACCCCAAGCCGAAGCCGAAGAAAAUGCCAACACGGAAGUCCCCGUUCGUGCUCCUCGGGUCAAACGCUCAAAAUUGGCGUCUCAUGCUUCCUCGGCCUCUCUCAUGCAUCGUCACUCUUGUUGGAACACGGGUUUACGCCUAUGUCGUACUAAACCGUGUUCGUUUUAUGACAGCGAUGUAGGCUUCCCUACAGCGCUGUCCAACCUAAGCCAAAGAUAUUGUGCAUUGGCAGAAAGUUUUUGGACAGCGAUGUUGACCCAGAAACAACGCUGUCAGGCCAAACUUCCAUCUUCAAAGGCAGACCUAAACAGCGAUGUUCUAGACAAGAGCAGGGCUGCCACCUCCGGGAAAUCAAAGUCCAAAUCCCGGGCGCCUACGACAUCCACCGAGGAACGCCUCUACUAUGGUGACGGGUCAUACCUUUGGUUUGAUUCCGAGGAGGAACGCACCCGUUUCCUCACCUUCUUCUCUAAACGGGUUGUGGCUCCUCCACGGAUCAUCCCGGAGCACUACCCGGAGCUACAGGGCUACGACGACCUCGACGCGCAGCUUGGGCGCAUCGCCGGCCUCCCCUACCAAGGCGACGACGUCUCCCUCUAUGGCGGAGAGGACUGGGUGCUCAACAACGAGGGCCUUAUCCUCAACGAGCUUGGGAUCACCGAGCUCAUCCUCCAUGCCUUGGGCCGCCCAACCAUCCACUUCGCUAACCCCGAAGGCCGUCUUCUUCUCUACAUCGUCUCCCGAAUCAUCAAGCCCCGGAAGCAUGGCCACACAAUCAUGUCCGGUGAGGACCUCAAACUCAUCCAUGCGAUCAUGCACUCGGCCCCAAUCAAUUGGGCAAAGUUUGUCAUGAUCAACAUGACGAUUGCCGCGUCCACCGACCAUAAUCACCUCCUCCCGUAUCCGUUCGUGGUGAUGGACAUCCUUGAACGGUUCAAGGUGACCACCACCGUUGGCCGACUCACAAAGGCCACGAAGAUUUGGGCGAUCAGCACCCAAACCUUCAAGAAGCGGUCGGACAACGCCGGACCUGCCACUGGCGUGCAACGGCCCCGUUCUGCUGCUGGCCCAGCCGAACCCCAGGCCCGGGCCAACCUUGCCUCCAUUGCUGACUCCCUCAACCGGCUGCACUUCAAAGUUGAUGGGAUGGAUGGCUACCUUGAAAGACUUGACGAGGCAGUCCAACGUCAAGGGUACGCCAUGAACGCGUACUUCCAACGCGUUAACUACGUCCCCCCACCGUACCAUGGCACGUUCUUUGGGCAGGUGUACGGUGACGAGGACGAAGACGAUGCCUCCUACGACCCGUCAAGCUCCCCGGACGAGGACGAGUUCGACGACGCCGUUGAUGGUGAUGAGAUGGACGUCGAGGACGACGAGGAGGAAACCGAAGACGAAGACUAGGACGCCCCUAGAAUUUCUAUCUCUUAUUUUAAUUAUCCUAUUUUUUUUAAUGCUUCUGUUGUACUCCGCUAUUUCCCUUUUUCAAUAAAUAAAAGUUAUCCUC